UUCGCUGCGAUGGCGACGACGGCUCUCUGCUGGAAAGGGACGCAGUGAAGCUGGCCUCGGCUCGGAUAUGACUAAUGUUUAUUUGAUCGAGGUUUAUUUGCUGCUUAGUAAUUGCACGGGCUUCGGAUGAAUCUUCGGCUUCUUACUUCUCAUCACUCCUUUGACUGAUUUCCAUGUCUUAUUUGUGAGAGUUUCCAAACAGGAUCACCAGGACUGCUCAUCAUCCAUUACUGAUUGUCUGUGACUGAUCCAGGCCGGAGUUCCUUGUUGGGUGACCCACACUCCUUCACAGGGGCCAUGGAGGAGGAGGGGCAGCAUAGCUUGGAGUGUAUCCAGGCCAAUCAGAUCUUCCCCAAGAAGUCCCCCGUCCUGGAGGAGGAAAACAUGCAGGUGCCCUUUCCUGAGCUGCACGGGGAGUUCACAGAGUAUGUGGGGAGAGCAGAGGAUGCCAUCAUCGCAAUGUCCAACUACCGCCUACACAUCAAGUUCAAAGAGUCUGUUGUCAACGUCCCUCUUCAGCUUAUAGAGAGCGUGGAGUGUCGGGAUAUGUUCCAGCUCCACGUGACCUGUAAGGACUGCAAAGUCGUUAGGUGUCAGUUCUCCACCUUUGAGCAGUGUCAGGAAUGGCUGAAACGCCUGAACGUGGUGGUUCGCCCUCCCUCUCGCCUGGAGGACCUCUUCUCCUUCGCCUUCCACGCCUGGUGCAUGGAAGUAUACGCCGGCGAGAAGGAGCAGCACGGCGAGCUGUGCAGACCAGGCGAACAUGUGACCUCCUGGUUUAAGAAUGAGGUGGAGAGGAUGGGCUUUGACACUCAAAACGCCUGGAGGAUAUCUGACAUCAACAGCAAGUUCAGACUGUGCCCCAGCUAUCCUCAGCAGCUCCUGGUGCCAGCCUGGAUCACUGACAAGGAGUUGGAAAACGUGGCAGCCUUCCGCUCCUGGAAGAGGUUUCCUGCAGUGGUUUAUAGGCACCUGAGCACGGGGGCUGUGAUCGCCCGCUGCGGUCAGCCAGAGGUCAGCUGGUGGGGCUGGAGGAACGCUGAUGACGAGCACCUGGUCCAGUCCAUCGCCAAGGCCUGCGCCGUGGACAGCAGCUCCCGCAAACACCUCCCCAACGGUACCUACACCAACGGCUCAGACCUGCCUGAUACUGACUUCGAGUCCUCCAUGACCAACAGUUCAGAGGUGGAAACGUUGGUCAUCCAGCCCCAUAAGUUACUUAUCCUGGAUGCCAGGUCCUACGCUGCUGCCGUAGCGAACAGAGCCAAGGGGGGAGGCUGUGAAUGUCCAGAGUACUACCCCAACUGUGAGGUGGUGUUUAUGGGCAUGGCCAACAUCCACUCCAUCCGCAAGAGUUUCCAGUCUCUGCGUUUCCUCUGCACUCAGAUGCCUGAUCCAGCCAACUGGCUCUCUGCACUGGAGAGCACCAAGUGGCUGCAGCACCUGUCCCUGCUGCUGAAGGCGGCGCUGCUUGUGGUCAACGCCGUGGAUCGAGACCACAGGCCCGUCCUGGUGCACUGCUCCGACGGCUGGGACCGCACACCUCAGAUCGUUGCGUUGUCCAAACUGCUGCUGGACCCGUACUACCGCACUAUUGAGGGCUUCCAGGUUUUGGUGGAGACUGAGUGGCUGGACUUUGGCCAUAAGUUUGCUGACCGCUGCGGCCACGGAGAAAACUCUGAUGAUCUGAACGAGCGCUGUCCUGUCUUCCUGCAGUGGCUGGACUGUGUUCACCAGCUGCAGAGGCAGUUUCCCUGCUCCUUUGAGUUUAAUGAGGCCUUUCUGGUGAAACUGGUGCAGCACACCUACUCCUGUCUGUUCGGCACCUUCCUGUGUAACAGCGGCAAGGAGAGGGAGGACCGGCACGUUCAGGAGAGGACAUGCUCAGUGUGGUCGCUGCUGAGACCGGCCAACCGCACACUGAGGAACAUGCUGUACUCCUCACACUCCGAGACCGUUCUCCAUCCAGUGUGUCAUGUGCGCAACCUGAUGUUGUGGACGGCGGUCUACCUGCCCAGCUCCUCCCCCACCACCCCUUCCGAUGACUCCUGCGCCCCUUACCCUGUGCCCGGUGCCAACCCGGAGGAUGCACCACUGGGCAGAUGCACGAAGACUCGCUCCUUUGACAACCUACCCAGUGCAUGUGAGCUGGGAAGCUCCCUGGCUCCUAACCGGCGCUCCAGUGACCCGAGCCUCAAUGAGAAGUGGCAGGACCACCGGCGCUCUCUGGAGCUCAACAUGGCAGUGGGGCCAGAGGGAGGGGGGAACCAGGAUCAGGAGGUUCGGCCGAAUGGAGUGGGGCCUUACCCAGACGGAGUGGACUCUGAGCUGGACGACAGCCCGCAGCCGCGCAGCUCACACGCUGAGCUCGGACAGGGAGACACUGUGAGCCCGGCAGCAGCAGGAGAGGACGCAGAGGAGGCGGAGCUCUCUGUGGCAGUGGGCGUGGCUGAGGGCCAAAUGGAGAACAUUCUACAGGAAGCCACAAAGGAGGAGGCGGCCGAUCAGAGAGAGGGAGGUGCUGCUGUCACUCAUGUCGUUAACACUGUUGACACAGAGGAGGAGAAAAAAGCAAAAGAUGAGGACGAGGACGAGCGCGCAAAGGUCAACGGGACUGAGAUGCAGAGAGAAGCAUUUGCAAAUGGUCACCAUCCAGAAAAUGGUGUAAUGGAGACAGAGGAGGAGGAUGAGUCUCCACCUCUGCCCACACAGAAGGCAGAAGAGCUGGAUGAACAGGCAGCUGAGGUGACUCAGGCACCAGAGGAUCUUGUGAAGCAGGAUGUUGAAAACUCUUCUGUAGAGGAGGUUGUGCAUGGACCCAGUGACUCUGGCUCAGGUGAGCCAGAGCAGCCUGCAGCCCAUAGAACUAUAACUAAUGGCUUUGUGGACAGGUCACCUGAAGAGCCAGAUGUGGAGGAGGAGACCUGCCCUGACUCAGUAUCUGACCGUGGUGUCUCUGAGCCAGUGGAGCAGGUGGAUAAGAGGGCCUCCCUGAUGGAAAGCUCAACAGAGACUUUAACUGAAGAGGCCUGCAGCAGGUUGGAGCUCCCAGCACAGCCGCCUGUUAGUCUGAGCCGUGCGCCCUGCAGUGACGGCAGGAAACAGCCGCCCUGCUCCAGGAAAGAGAAGGGGCUGGAGGCAGGCGAGCACGGUCUUAUCAGAACUUUAAAUGGGGGCACCAAGCGAGCCUCCGUCAGUGCCUUUCAGUCUGUGAGUGCUGACCUCAGCAGGGAUGGGAUUUGUAACGGCGACAGCUCUGACGGGGAGCCCUGCGGGGGUCCUCACUGGGCCAAAGGGAAUGGGGAGCGGGCCCCUCUGAGUCGACAAAUGUCCCUAGCUAGCUGUAACUCCCUGAUCCUCCAUCCGCGGGGCAGUUGCUCCCAGCACCGCUGGUGCCACGCCCUGCUGGGCCGGGCCGCCAUUAGCCCAGAGCAGCCUUCACGCAGUCACCUUGACGAUGACGGACUGACGCUGCACACUGACGCCAUCCAGCAGAGGCUAAGGCAGAUCGAGGCGGGGCACCAGAUGGAAGUGGAGACUCUGAAGAAGCAGGUGCAGGAGCUGUGGAGCCGCCUGGAGAAUCAGCAGCACAUCAGCUCUCACAGGAUCAACGGAGACAUGGGAGACGAAGUGACCUCAAUGACAGACUCGGAGUACAACCUGGACCCAAACUGUUUGUCGCGCUGCAGCACAGAGCUCUUCUCGGAGGCCAGCUGGGAGCAGGUGGACAAGCAGGACACUGAGGUCACUCGCUGGUACCCUGACCAUUUGGCAGCCCAGUGUUACGGCUGUGAGAGCAGGUUCUGGCUCGCCACCAGGAAGCAUCACUGCAGUGGCAGGGAGCCUGUCCAGGAGGUCUGGAACUGCGGUAAUGUGUUCUGCGCCAGCUGCUGUGACCAGAAGAUCCCAGUGCCAAGCCAGCAGCUGUUUGAGCCCAGCCGCGUCUGUAAGACCUGCUACAGCAGCCUCCGGCUCACCUCGGUCCCCCUUGACCUGGAGCUGGAGAAACCCAUCACAGCCAGCUCCAACUGAGGCUCAGAGGACCGGGACAGGAGAGCGAGUCGGGCUGAGCUGCCAGCCGCUGACACAGGCCCACUGCUGAAGAAGAGCACAGGAGCUACACAGAAUGUCCCAUGUACUUUGUGUGUGUGUGGCAGAUAUGGAAUUUAAUGUGUAUAUACAGAGGAUGGCGUGGUGGCGGAGCUGAAUGACGUGUUUGCGAGAUGCCGAGCGCUCUGAACAGUGGGUGUGCACAGGGGUUGGUGGUGUGCGAGAGUGUGUGUGUGAGAAGAAAUUGCACAUUCGCCACACAGAGGGUCUGUGGCAGUGAUGGGACUGCACUCCGAAGCCAGAGGAGUGAGGAUGGACAUCCUGGUGCCUUGGACCAGGCAGGCAGAGAAGGUCGUCUCACUGUGUCGCUGAAGUAGAUUCAGCGGCUUGGUCCAUUGAAUCUGCUUCCCCCGCUCAUCCACGCUUCUCAUCGGACUUCUACACCAUCGUGGACUUCUUCUUCUUCUCUCUAGAGGCUGUGAGGUCAGAGGUGAUGUGGAAGAUCUCCGGGCAGCCACGAGAUAGUCCCUCAGCAUCAGAAAUGUCUGGAUAGUGAUGUUCACAAAUGUUGUUUAGGGAGAAGCUUAAAGGGUCAGUUCACCCAAACUACCAAAAACACAUUUCCUCACUCCCCUCUUGAAUCUAACCUGUAUCUACAGUAUAUUUGAUUUUAUUUGCGAUAUCAUCUGUGAUAUCUUUGUUGCCAUCCAAAGACAGUGGAGGUGAAAUGAAUUAGGCCUGAAAAUAUUAUUUUCUUUAUCGAUUAACCAGCAAAUCAUUUUUUCAAAAAGUCAAUGCUUCACUUUUUCUGUAAAAUGUAAAAUAGUGAAAUGUAUCCAUUUAGUUGUCUCAGAGCCCAAUAUUACAUAUUUAAAUUGUUUGUUGUUUGUCUAACCAGAUGUUCAAAAUUCUAAGUUUAGUUUAAUAACAUAUGACACAAAAUAGCAGCAUUUCUUUUUACAUCUGACAAGCUGGAGUUUGUCAUUUAAAAAAAAAAAAAGAUUAUUGGAUAAUUUUGUGAAAGUUUAUCAUUCAAUUAUUAUAUAACAAAUUAUUGUUUGUGGGGCUCACAGCACUUAACAUGACGUUUACAGUGGUACCCCAGUGAUCUAAUAUUACUCUUCAGUUUGGGAUUUUUAAAAGACAGGCCGAUAUGUCCUGACCUCCAAAAUGCUGAAUCCUACAUUUCCCAUAAUGCAAUUCCAAAGUGUUUUAAUAAUAAUCAUCAUAAUAAUAUGCCGUCUGCCAGGUAACCACCCACAUCUUUCAAACUAAACACUGGCAUUCUGGUUUGUGUUAGUGGUUUCAACAUCUGAGGAGCGGUAACCCUAAUGACAUCACUGUGACAUCAUCAGGGUAAUUUGUUCAGACUUGACAAAAGCCACAAAUUAUAUAGUAGUAGUACUCCUCGUGAUGAGUAAACUGACCUUCAAGUGUAAAAUUGGUGUUUUCCCAUAAAGGAAUAAAACGGCAUCAUUUAUUUCCCUUCAUUUGAGGUAAUUUAAUGCAUUGGGUGAACUGACCCUUUAACGCACUGUGGGCUGAAUCUCAACAUAUCUGCUUGCUUUUGCUUUGGUGAGUUUUUAUCAGCUCUUCACACAGGAUUGCUCAGACGUGUGUAUAUACAGAAUAUACAGCUUGACAUGUAAAUACAAAACAGAAAAAAAGAAUUUUGCUGUUUGGAGUUUGUGUUUUUCAGUGUUGAGAUUCAGCCCACAGUGCAGACGAGGAAGGACGAGGGUUGUGAUCAUUAACAAAAAUGCUGUUAGGAUAUUCAAAUAGUUUUUCUUUCUUCUUUUGAAUACUGAUCUCAACCACAGUGAGGAGAGUAAAUUAUUAUGAUUGUUACUAUUCAGCCAUGUGAGUCUUACAACAGGACGUGUUAUUGAUCUGUAGAAAAGGCUUUAGAACAUCUGACCCUUUAACAGCUGACGGCCGCUCAGCUCUUCCACCCUGACUGACUGUUAUUACUCGUCCGCUGGGAGCGUAAACUGAUGUGUUGUGGCGUUGUCGGUUUGUGUCAGACAGCAGACAAGCUGCAGGUUGUUUGUGCUCGACACAGACUGACUGACUGUGUAAUCUCUCCUGUUAGCCAUACCUUCAUGCCCUUCACUCACAACAGCCCCCCUUUUCAUUCUUUUUACCCAGCAGGCACUGGGAGCUGGACUUCUCCUCACCUCUCAAUCGUGUGGUGGAAAUCAGAAGUGAAGGUGUGAAUUUGACACAUUUAAAUUUCCAUGUUCAAAUUCCUAAGACGAAUUGUUUUCUUUUUUUAAUUAUUAAUAUUGUUAUUUUGGAGGCAGCAGUGAACCGUGACCUCACUUGUGAUUUCUGCUCUGAUUGGUUGAAACGUGGAGGAGAGCAGCAGCAGCAGAAAGGGCUCUUGGCGUUUUCCUAAAAGUCUGUAACUCCACAGUCUGUGAGAAGCUUCACUGAGACGCCCUCCCUGCCUAACACACACACUCAAUGACCUUGCACACACGCUGACACACACGCACACAUACACAUUUUUUUGUAAAAUAAAUGAAUAAAAUAAUAUAUUCAGAUACCUAUAUAGCAUUUAAGAAAAAUGUAUAGAAUCCUUGAAUAGUGGCUCACUUAAUUAGUCACCAAAAAGUUUUUUUUUUUUUAUUUCUUUUUUUUUCUUAUGUUGUCAAUUGCAGAAAAAUACCUAUAUUUUGCAGCCUGUUGAAGAUGACAGGUGUGUUUUUUUAAAUAGAGAAGCAGGGUGUCCUGUUUUGAUGCUGCAGUGGUUUUCCCUUUUAAAUGCGAUCAUUACUUUGAUUUUAUUUAUUAAGGUUUUGUUGUUGAAUUGCUGUUUUAAGAUCCAGACAAUUCAAAUUGCCACAGGAUAAUCAGUGUUUAUGAGACGAGGAGUGGAAGAUGGUUCUGAUCUGUGGCUACGAUGACCCUCGUCAUUUCUGUUUUCUAUCAGCCAAUCACAGCAUGAAAUGUGGAUGAAAUGAUUUCCCAAUCCACUUAGAAGCAAUGUAUGCAGGGGGGAGGGGGAUGGGGUGUGAAGUCAGAGGUGUCAUCGAGCAUCAUGUGACCUCUGACAAUCACAUGUCAAAAUAAAAUAACGAGUGUGUCUUUAGUCAGUGAGACGUCUAUGCACUGAGAGAACCGUGGUCCAAAACAAGCAGCCUGAACCCAAAAUAAAAGCCCCUGACUCUCACACACAACAACAGAAUUAGUUCAUUCUAACUCAUCAAACAAACAACAAACAAACAAACACUACCUCUACUUUGUACACACACUCGU